AUGAGCAAAUUACCGUACUUGAGACACCUAAUGUACAUUGAGCUCAGUGGUGCAGUCGUAGCAUGUUCGGUAUGCGAUUCGAUGGUCAGCAACAUUCGUAAUGGUCAUUUAGGCUGGCUGAUGUGCCACAUUAUAAAACGUCAACAAUAUAAUCGUAUAAUCAAACUUCGAGACGGGAAAAAUGCCUGGAGACUAUUAUUUGAAGAGAACGAAGAUCUUCUGCAUCUGUUCGAAAAAUUCGGAGAGCUUCACACGUUAGAGGCUCAGGCUACCUCCACCGAACUAGCAGAGCAUGCUAACAAAGUCAUGCACACAUUAGAUGAAGGCAUCAAGGGAUUGAAGGACAUUGACACAUUCUACGCAUACAUCAGACAUAUAGGAGCUACACAUCAUCAAGUCCCUGGGUUUAAAGAAGAAUAUUUUUGGAAAAUUGAACAGCCUUUCCUGCAAGCGGCGAAAACAACAUUGGGUGACAGAUACACACCUAACAUAGAAAAUAUAUACAAACUUACAAUCAAAUUUAUAUUAGAGAACUUAGUGAUAGGCUACAAAGAAUCUGCCACUGAUAACGUCAAUGGACAACUUAAUGAGGAAAUGGAAAGAUAACUAGAACGAUUAUACAAAAAUACUUCCACAAGUAUAUACCGGAGCUUUAAUGUAAAAAUUCUUGCGUGAUUUUAAAGUGCAAUACGCACUACACUACAUUUUACAGAAAUUAUGUAACUUGACUCAGAAUGAAUUAACAUAAUAAGGUUCGCUGUUAUUGGCACGUCAGUUUCAUAUAUUCUUAGAUACAUUUUGCUAUAUUUUCUCUAGUCUGUGUGUUGUGUUAUCUUUGUUGUAAAAAAUUUCCAUAAUGCAAGUGGUUUUGCUGGUUAAAUUAAGAAACUAGCAAUGUAUGUUAUAUCGUGUAAUAUCUUUUUAUAAUGAAGAAUUAUAAUAAUAUUACUAACGCCCAAAUGUGACUACAUGAUUAAUGAUUUGAAAAAGUAUAGUUUACACAUUUAGCAUUGAUAUAAUACCUUAUAUACUUUUUUGUUUAGUGAGUUUGAUGUUCUUUUAACAUCAUUACCAUUGCUCUGGUAUCGAAUUAUUUAGAGUCAGUGCAUAUUCCUUUUUUUUAUCACUAAUUUAUUUAUCAUAUUAGUUUUAUGUCGAUUUAUUAAUUUAUUUUUCUAUUCUAUACACAUAAACUGUUUUUAGAAAUAAUAUGCGAUGGGAUCUUUAGGUCUAAGGUUGAAAUUGUUAGUUGAUAAGCUUUAAAGCAGACUUUUAUUAUCUACUUGAUUCAUUUUGUUGUUUUGUAAAAUUACUCGCUGAAUUAUUUGGUGACACAACAAUAUAUUUUAAUUGAUUGUGAGCGAGAGUUGUAAUCGACAAACUUAAUAAAUAAAUUUACUAAUGUGAUUGAUACAACAUUGUUAUUAAUCAAAUCAAAGCAAGUUAUGCAAGUGAGAAAAUAAUGUUGUAAUUAAUAUGUUUCUUCUUUGCCUUUGACAAAAGACAUAAUACGCCUCGCUUUCUUAUUACUGGUAAGCGAGAUGGCAGCACGUCUCGUACUGUGUCACAGUUUUAGCUCCGAACAGCUUGUCUAGUAUUACAUAUUCACAAAAAUCUUUGCUAUACAGACUGGACCAAGUUCAAAGUGAAAAAAAAUAUCUAAAUUUUAAUUUCAAUCAGUCUGAAUCGAGGUCCUGUUUUACAAUAAGUAUAUGAAAAAUAAGAUAAUGUAAUAAUUUAUUGUAUUUUUAACUUUUGGCGUUUAAUUGUAUAACGAUAAAUUGUGGCAAGUGUAUAUGUGGACACUUUCGCUAAUCUUAACGAACCUAAACUACUAGUAUUUAACCAUUGUAUCUAUCUAAAGUUCUAUAUUACUAUUAAAAAUCUUCCUCACACAUCAAUAGUGACAGAUAUACAAUAAUAUGGGACUUCAGGUACAUACAUAGUACAAUAGCAAAUACUUGAGAUCAAAACAUUAGCGGAAUUGGCCUGCUGGACUUAUUAACAAAUUGUAAACGCCUAUAAGGAAUACAAGAUGGACUAAAUUUAAUAUUCCAUAGUAGGAAUUUUAGUCUUUAUUUUAUUUUUAUGUCUGUUUGCGGAGCUAACUGGUACCACUAAGUAUCCUCUUUCCAUGUCAACAUUUUCGUUUUGCCAAUUUUUCAAUAAAGAAUGUUUCAUCUG